AUGGACUCGCACGCGUCACUGACCUCCCUUGUGAUGGCCUUCCACACGGCCGUUGACGAGCAGCAACGGUCUUCAAGCAACACCCCGUUCCCCAGCAGCUGUGCGUGGCCCGACGCAGGUGGUCCCGUCAGCCAUCACGCGUACCGCGGCACCCAACGCCGGGUGUCGUCGUUGUCCCUGAAUAAUGAAGGCGCCACAGAGACGACAGCUGCGAGCAGCGCCGUCGAUGGCGCAAGUCGGCCUGCUUCUGCAACAGCCGCAGCCGCUGCUGGGGCAUCCUCGCAGCAACGCGCCCUCUCACCGCUCAGCUGUCCUGAGCAUCACCGCCGUCGCUCUUCCACGUCGUCGCGGCACAACUUGGACAGCGUCGUCGAGGAGUUUCUGCAGAAGGCGACGUACGACGCAGAUGUGCCGCCGGGCCUCCUACGAUUUCUACAAAUACAGCGAAACCACCAGCUGCAGCAGCAGCAGCAGGCCCAGCAGCACAGCCAGCUGCACCCACGAACGCACUCUCCGUCGGUGCCGACCCCCUCCGUGAACGCCGUACGAAAUGGCGCCCGGAGAACACCGCCUCUGCAGUCGUGGGCAGUGCCCUUGCACGGACUCGACUCUGCCACGUCCCGCAAGGCGGCAACAGCGCCAAUGGCAACGAACAGUAACGACCACGACGUCCUCUUCCAUGACUACAGCAGCAGCUGCACCGUUGGCAGACAGUUCUGCUGGCUCACCGAGGCCGUCGCCCCAGGGAGUCCGAGCAGCGUAGCGGGGGAAGACGAAGAAACGGGCAAGGCUCUCAGCGCCACCGGUGAAGGUGGCAACAGCAGCGCGCAUGCGCGGCCAAGGCCAACGACGGCAACGACUACAGUGAAGCAGCCGGAGGAGGACAUUUUUCAGCAGGGUCACUACAGCAGCCAUGCGAUGGCCGCACCGCCGGGAAACCCUCAAGACGCGAUGGAACGCUGUCACCUUUCCGCAUCGGCUCUGCAGCGUCGCUACAGCACCAUCGCAGACUUCUGUCAGGGCGUCCGCGACGGGGAUGGCCGCGGCGAUGGCACCACUGCCUGCUUCGACUCGGCCGCCUCUCUUGUGAGACUGCAACGCGCGUACCAACCGCUGUCUAGCACCGCUACCGUUAGCAGCUCCCACUCCCCGGCCUUCGUUGACUUUCUCGGCAGCCGACCAUGUUCACAGCCGGAGGGCGUGCCGCGUGUGCUGCGGGUGUCCGAUAGCUCUCUGCUCCGACGGACAAGAAGCGACACUGGCACAACGCUUGCUGUUUCCAUUCACGAGGCGGCUGGGGUGCAGCCGUGGGAGCCGCAGCAGCCUCGGCACAGCGCACGAAAUCGUGGCGCUGAUAGCGCCGGUGCCGGUGGUGGUGACACAGAAGCUACGUAUCAGCCAACAUCGUCCGCCUCCCUCAUCCCCUCCCCUCCCUCGCUGAUACCCUCAGUUCUGCGAGGCAUCACCACCUCAGCGAGCGCGCGGUUCACCGUCUCCGGCGCGCGGCAACCGCCACACGUGGUAAAUGGCGAGGAUUGGAGGAGCCGCUCCUGCGUGCCGCCAUCGCCGCUGCCUCAGCUCUCGUUGGCCGCGCCUCGCGCGUCCUCGCGACUGUCGGUGUCGGCGCGCCUCUUCAGCGGUGCCGCGACGGCAAACACCACAAACCUCAGCAACGCCAGCACCACCGACGUCUCCUACGCGAACCUGCCAUCUUCUGUGGCUGCUACGUGCAGCAUGUUGGCGCCGACCCCAUCCAGUGCAGACUGGGGGUCGUUCGGCAGCCUUGGGAUGUCGAGCGUGCAGCAGUACCAUCACCACCACCACCACCACCACCACCACCACCAGCCGCGCUUCCGCCGAGUUCGAACCGGAGGCGCGAGCAAUCAUAGCAGCAGUGUCUUCAAGCCGACGGGGGCUGAGGCGGCGGCGGCGGCAGCGGCGGCUGUCAGCCUCAUUGACGUCAUCACCGCUGGGAACGCAUCGGGUCGAAUAUCUUCGUAUGGGGAGAUGGAGCCGUCGCUGACGGCCGGCGUGACGUGGAUCGGCCAAAUCUCCUCGUACGCCGCGUCGGUCACCUCGCCCACCACAGGCACGUUCACCAGCACCACCAACUACUGCUGCAGUGGCGCGAGUAACUCCAUGACGGUUUGA